AGUGCCCGCCAAUUAAGGGGGAACUCGCAAGUGGUGUCUGUGCGACUGAGGAGUGCAGAUUGCCCUCGGAGUUUAACCUAGGGAGGACUGCGUUCCUUCAACACUAGUGCAUGCCGAGGAACCCACUGUGCUGAUUGGACAACCGAAGUUCUUGUCCAAGAACCUGAUUCCCCCAUGGAUGAUCUCAACAAGCUCGGCCUAGCGACAGCCUCUGCAAAAGCAAGGAAGAGUUAUCGCGAGGGUGGAAUACCAAUUGGCGCUGCCUUGGUCUACCACGGCUCAUCGCUUGAUCUCAGCAAUGCAGUCGUCCUGGGAUGUUCACAUAACCAGAGAAUUCAGAAGUCGUCCCCAACACUGCACGCUGAGAUAGCCACUUUGGAGGACGCCGGACGGCUGAAAGCGGAUGUCUACACAAAGUCCACGAUGUACACAACGCUCAGUCCCUGUUCGAUGUGCACAGGCGCGAUUUUACUUUACAAGAUACCUCGCGUGGUCAUCGGAGAAAACAAGAACUUUGUGGGAGGGGAGAAGCUACUGAAGGAGCAUGGGGUCGAGGUCAAGGUCGCCGGUGACACUGAAUGCGAAGAGCUCAUGGCACGUUUCAUCAAGGAAAAACCCGAGGAAUGGAAUGAGGAUAUCGGGGAGUUAUAGUGCUGAGAAACUGCCGGACGUGUAUCUAUCAGCCUUAUCGCUUGCGAGACAGGUGUGGUUAUCUAACCGUUAAACUAUGGCGCAGAAAUC